UCGCCCCUAAGGAAGAGGGAAAGGGACUAAAGGUGCGUCGGAGUGAAACCCUUGGGAGACCCCGCGCUGUCCUGUCGGAGGAGGGACGUCGCGGCGUGGAGGGCCCACGUCGGGAGCAGCGGCAUUCGGCGGUGCCGCCGGGGAAGCAGAGGCAUCAGGAGGACGCUGUCGCGGUGGCUGCAGCUCCUCGGGACUCAAAACUGGGACUCUGGGAGCGAGCACUGGGGUAAAGACGAGCAACGCCAAGAGACAAAGGCAAAUACCCUGAAGCCGAGGAGCUCAAGUUCUGUAGAAUUGAGCGUUUUGUGAGAAGGGGCUGUACUGUGGCUGCCCAACGCCGGGGACGAUUCCCUGGGAACGCUGGCCUUGUGGUCAGUGUGAAACUGGAGAAAUGGGCCCUCACACACGCGGGAUGGCCGCCUGCGGGACGACAGAGCCUGUCCGAGCGGGGCCUAGAAUCCGGACCCCGGCCGCUCGUGCGCGUGACGACAGCAUCCUGGGCCCGCAGCGGCCCUCGAGCUCCGCAGGAGGAAGGCGGCCGCCCUAGACCCGGCAGCGCACCUGUCCGUUCCGGGCCGCCGCUGGUCCGCCGGGCUCGCCGGCCCAGGAAGUCCUGCCCCCCGGAAGUCCGACCUCCCAAUAAGCUGCUUCCGGCUCCGGGCGCCAUGGCGGUGGCGCGUCUAGGAGUCGGGGAGACUCUCGGGGCCCUCAACGCGGCCCUGGGGCCCGGGGACCCCGUGUGGCGGAAGGAGACGCACGCACGCCGCCUACGCGCCCGAGACUUCCUGGCACCGCGUCGCGCGCUGCAGGCGCGCUUCGGGGACGGACAAGUCCCCGAGAGGCUGGUCCAGGCCGUAGCCGGCCUGCAGGGCCCCGGCGUGGCCCCCGUGCUGCGCUGUGCGCUCACCCCCGCGGGCUUGGCGCUUCAGCUGCGGCGGCCCGCAGUCUUUGCGGGCGUCCUGGGCGCCGUGGCCUCCUACACCGCGCCCGCUGUGCCCGCCAUCCCGGGCCCGCGCGUUGUGCUGCACUGCCCGACGCUGCGCGGCGCCCCCUGCGCCCUCCGCCUCAGCCAGCUGCGGGCUGUGCUCGUGGCCGACCACCUGGCGCGAGCACUGCGCGCCCAAGGGGUGAGUGUGCGCCUCGUACCUGCAGUGCGGGACCCGCACAUGGCGACCUUCCUGCAGCAGCUGUGUGUGGACUGGCCCGCUGCCCCCGCCAGACCUGCGCCCGACGCCCUCAGGACCCGCGCGCUGUCGCAACUUUCCCCGGCCCGGGACGGAGGAGCCCUGCCUCCUGGCGCCCUGGGCACCGUGUGCCUGAAGGAGCUGGUGGAAGAACGGGGCCGCAUGGCCGGCUAUGACCCCAACCUAGACAGCUGUGUGGUGACCGAGGACGCGCUCUCUGUGCUGGCCGAGCUGCAGGAGGCCGGGCAGCAGACGCUUGAGGACGGCCCCCCCGGCCCGGCCGCGGCCCCGGCUGCUGGUAUGGACGGCUGCACAGUUGUGCACGUGGUGAGCUGUGAGGAGGAAUUCCAGCAGCAGAAGCUGGAUCUGCUUUGGUGGAAGCUGGAUGACCAGGCUCCCCUCCGACAAAAGCACCUGGUGUGCGGCCCGGUGAAGGUAGCUGGUGUGCCUGGCUCCCUGACGGCCUUGGAGUACUACGAGCUCCGGCAGGCCCAGGUGUGCAAGGCCUCAGCACGGAAGCACGGCAGGGACCUGACGUCGGAUCCGGCCUGGACAGAGGUCUUCAGGGUUCUCUCUGUGGCAUCUAUCAAGUUUGAGAUGCUCAGCACGGCCCCCCAAAGUCAGCUUCUCCUGGCCCUGGCUGACCGCACCUCCGUGAAGGGCACCAGGAGUGGCGUCUUUGUCAUGUAUAACUGCGCCCGCCUGGCCACCCUCUUUGAGGGUUACAGCCUCGGUGUCGAGCAAGGUCUGUACCCUGCUGCUCCACCUGCCAGCAGGCUGGAUUUCUCGUUGCUGCGUGAUGAGGGCGAGUGGCUGCUGCUCUUCAACAGCAUUCUGCCCUUCCCGGACCUGCUGAGCUGGACGGGGGCUCUGGCCCGUGCCACCCCAGGGCUCCACACUGCUGUGCGCACAGAAACGGUGUGCAAGUUCCUGGUCCAGCUCACCAUGGAUUUCAGUUCCUACUAUAACCGCGUGCACGUGCUUGGGGAGCCCCGGCCGCACCUGUUCGCUCAGAUGUGUGCCCGCCUACAGCUCCUGCGGGCUCUGCGUGAGGUGCUCCAUGCGGGCCUGGCCAUGCUGGGCCUCCCUCCACUGAGCCACGUCUAAGGCCAGGGGCCCUGACAGCUGGGAAUGUUAAGAGUCAUCAAACGGAAAAACCGCCACAUGUGGUGUCAAGAGAUCUGGUGCUGAAAUACACUGCUUCUGUCA